AUGGCCGAUAGUGAUAGAGUUCGUUUGCAUCUAGAUAAAAGUCUCUAUGGUAAGAACCAAGAUCCUUUUCUUCAAGAUGAGGAUAGUAUCCCUAUUGCAGAAUUGCUCCCACAAAUUCUUCGAGAGAGACAAUCAUUUUUGAACAUCACUGAAGACAGUUUGCAGGCGGAAAUUGAACAGAAAAACAAAGGAAUCGAUACAUUCGAAGACAAUGAGACCCAACCCGUGGAAGAAACUGAUGAAGACACGGAAAGUGCUUUCCAAAAAUUCCAAAAACAAAAGAUGGAACUUUUGGGUCAUAUAAACUCAGCCAUGAACGAGACAUCCCUUUCUUUAGACUUCGUCUCUUUGCUUAUGUCGGGGCAGAAACCUAAUGUUUCUAAGGCUACAAUGUCACCGUAUCUCACGAAGCAUGUUCCACUAGGAUCUUUGGGUUCUGAUAGACUUUCUCAAAACUCUGAACCGGAACACAACAAGGGCGAUGGAGAUGCCCAGAAAGUUGCGAGUGUGGGCUUGGGCUGGAAAUACCAAUCUCUUAAUCAUAUAAGUGAAUUGUUUAAAGGGGCAGGCUCACAGCUACGAAGCCAAGUGGAAGUUGAACGUCAUUAUUGGAACUCUAUCAAUACGGUCUUAAAUCAUGGAGAAGUUUUGUUCUCGCUACGUGAUCCUCUAACUAAUUCCAGAGCCAUUGGAGUAAAAUACGGAUAUGGGGAUUCAGGGUCGAACUACUUCGACAAGGGACUUGCAGUUCUUCGUAAAGAUGAUGAAACCGGAGAGAUCACAUUCAGCCCGAUUACGACGGGCAGCCACAGACUAAGCCAUAAGGCCACUAAAUUCACGAGAGUGAAGAUACUCAGCAAGAUUGAUAACGACUUCAUGUUGACCGGCCAAUCUCUAUUCGAAAAGAAGUGCAUGGAAGAUAAGAGUGAGCACAAGGUAAUCAACGACAUCGAAAGAGCACGGUAUUUUCUUUUCGAGGAGGACUUAUUUUAUCAUUUGAUACGUGAAGCCAAAAAUCUUAUCAGUUACAAUGUUUCGAUUAUUUCAAACAAAAUCAUAAUCGAAAUUUACGACCAGAUCAUCGAAAUCGAAUCUGUGAUUUACGACGAAAAUAAUGAAGAAGAGUUGAGCAACACGUAUCAGAACAUAAACAAAGAAUCUUCGAAGAACAAUGACAAGGCACAAGCAAUCCUAACUUUUCUCAAGCUUAUGUUGUGUUGUUAUUACAAUUUCAAUCUCGAAUUGAAGCAAAAGAUCCCCACAUCUUUCACUAAGUGGAAACAAAACAAUACUCAUCCUUUGAUGCUUAGACCUUUGAUUGGAAAUAUCCGACAUGAGCAUAAUGUGCACAGCAUGAAAAGAAUAAUCCACAGAAUUUGUAAAAGUCUUGAUUCAUCAUUGUUUUCUCAUGAGGUCAAGGAGGAGAAAUUUUUGAACUUAAAAGCUGACAAAAUCACCAAUCCGUUUAAGAAGGCCAUCACCAAACCAAUAAGUACCUUUACGUUGAUUCUACAGAAGUUGGCUACCAAAGAACACUUAAACGUGGAGGUGGAAGUCACAACGUCGGAUAUUUUUGUGAAUUUGAUACUUAUAUUGACGGUUACAAAGUACAAAACCAAUGAGGAUUUGCAGCAAAACCAGGAUGGAAGCAACGUUCUUCAGCUUAAAUUCAGUGACUUUACUGAAAUAGAAGAAAGCAUGAACUGGACUAUAUUGAACUUCUUGCAAUCGCAGUGA